AUGGAUGAAGCUUUGACCAUCCGUGUUGAGACUCUUGAGAGGGAGUUGGUCGAUAAGGAGAAACUGAUUGCUAAGUUGAAAGAAACUAACGCUCGAUUGGAUGGGGACCUUGGUUGGUUAUUGAUGGAAGGUGUGGUUAAGGUGGUGGACAAGGGGAUUGUUGUUGGGACGUUUGGCAUGGGUACUGCCAGUUCUACUUCAAUCCGCAGUAGGGUAGUCGUGGAAAACAUUAAUGCUUUCAUUUCUUGUGACUACGCGAUCCAGUUGCACUUGGGUGAGCUAGAUGUGGAGGGUUUGAGGAAGCUAAAUGUAUACGAUUCUAAUGAUGAAUCGGGUAUCAGUGGUGGAAUGAAGAUUACUAGUUUAGACAACGAUGGAGGUAAAGGAAAGGAUAUUCUUGGCUAG